GCACCCCAGGUUCUGCUGCGCCCCGGGUCCUCCCAAUCCAGGUGCCCCGGCUCAGCCACCGUCUCGCACACGGUCGCCACGAUGGUUCUCCUCCUGCCGUUUAUCGCGUGUCUUUGGCCUAUCGCUGCCGCCCUCGUGGUCCGGCAGUCGAUUACCGAGCUCAGCGCUGCUGAGAUCGCGACCUUCACGCCGUACAGCAACUUCGCCGCCGCCGCAUAUUGUCCGCCCAACAAGACGGCGACCUGGAGCUGCGGUGCGCUCUGCAAUGAGAACUCGGACUUCAAGAGUGUGGCUGCCGGAGGCGAUGGAAGUGACGUCCAAUUUUGGUAUGUCGGAUAUUCGCCCUCGCUUAAAAAGGUUAUUGUUGGCCACCAAGGCACCAAUACGAGCGAGAUAGAUGCCAUCCUCACCGACGCAGACUUCUUCCUUGACGAUCUUGACGAUGACCUGUUUCCUGGGUUCGACGAUCUGGGUAUCAAGGCGCACAAUGGCUUUAUAGAUCAGCAUGCUAAGACUGCCGAAAGCGUCCUCGCGGCGGUCAAAACUGCGAUGAGCACGUAUGGUACCUCGAGCAUAACGACCGUGGGGCAUUCACUAGGCGCGGCUCUUUCUCAGAUCGAGGCCGUAUAUCUGUCGCUGCAUCUCAAGGGCGCCAGCGUUAACACCAUCGGAUAUGGCGUCCCCAGGGUUGGCAAUCAAGAAUGGGCCGAUUGGCUGGACGCGCACCUGCAGAUCACGCACGUCAACAAUAAAGAGGACAUCGUGCCCAUCUUACCCGGACGUUUCCUGGGCUUCCAUCACCCAUCGGGCGAGAUUCACAUUGAUGACUCUGGCGAAUGGCUCUCGUGUCCCGGUCAGGACAACACCGACGAACGCUGCAGCACUGGCGAUGUCAGCAACAUCUUUGAUGGCGAGCCAGACGACCAUGGCGGUCCCUACAAUGGCGUUCACAUGGGCAGCGUCAACUGCUCCUGAGUCUUCGGAUGCGCUCCGAACGACGAUUUGGAAAGAGGAAAAAUCAUCUAUGGUGAGUACUACGAAGGUGACAAUAGGGUAUUAUGCUGGGGAUAUAGUAAAGUCUAUGGGUGCUGUAGAUACGGGAAGAAUUGUACCUGUCGAAAACAAUUCUGAGGCAAGGCAUGAGUCAAGUCGC